CGAGUCAGUGAUAUUACAAGGAGGCAGCGCUAUAAAUACACACAGCUCCCAGCAGCAAAGCCACACACUCAAUCACUACUCACAGAGACGAGCUGACUCUCAAGAGAUCGAGAUCCAGUCAUGAAGUUCCUUGUGGUUCUCGCUAUCGCCGUGUUCACUGGCUGUCACGCUAACAUCCUGUGGCAGGAUGAGCCAAAGACUGAGUUGGAGGUGGUGAGAGAUGCAUUCUGGGAAUAUGUUGCCAAGGCGACCCAGACCGCUGAGGAAACUCUGGAGAAGGUGAAGCAGUCCCAGCUGGGCCAGGAGCUCAACACCAGAAUCUCGGAGAGUGCCAGCACCGCCACCCAGUACGCGGUGGAGCUGCGCGGUAAGAUGACCCCCAUGGCCCAGGAGGUCCUGGACAAGAUGAGCCGGGACGCCGAGGUCCUGCGGAAGCAGCUCCUGAGCGACCUGCAGGCCCUGAACAGCCAGCUGACUCCGUACGCGGACGAGCUCAACAGCAAGAUCCAGAAGAACAUCGACGAGCUGCGCCAGGCCCUGGACCAGAACUCGGAGACCCUGCGCCAGAGCCUGGCCGUCAGCACCGAGGAGCUGAGGGAGAAGCUGCAGGGGAACGUGGAGGAGCUCCGUGCCCAGCUCAGCCCCUACGCCGUCGAGCUCCAAGACAAGAUCACCCAGCGUCUGGAGGAGUUCCAGCAGAAGAUGGGCCCCCUGACCCAGACCCUGCAGGAGAGGAUGAGCCAGGCUGCCCAGGAGGUGCGGGUGAACCUCACCCCCUACGCUGAGGACCUCCAGCAGAAGCUGAACCCCUACGCAGAGGAUCUGCAGGCUCAGCUCUCCUCUCUGUGGGAUUCCUUCCGCCAGAACUUCAACUAAACCACCCCUCUAAGGAGAGAAGAAAUGGUACGCUCCAGCAUUAGCAUUCUCCUGCUCUGCUCUACUGCAAUGGAGCGGAACGCUCGUCGUGGGGCGUACCAUUUCUCUCACAGGGGCUUUGUAAUUUGAUUAAACUUUAAAUGCCCUAGAUUCGAAACCUAACCUGUAUACUAUAUAGAAAAAGAGUGUAUCUAUCUUUCCUACCUGUUGUAAUUGAAGCACAGCACCCUGCCCUCUCCCUUUAUUUAGGGUCAAGCGUGGCAUCUUCCUGGGCAGCGUGUGGCAUGUCGUGUGUGCUGUGUGAUGCUCAGGGCUGUAGUUCACAGAUGCCAUCAGUAUUGUUCUGUUCUCAGCUCUGUACAGCACACGGUGUGUUUGUAACACAAUGCAAUGACGUGCUGUCUAUGGCAUGCUUAUAAACAAACAGGGAGACUUCUCUCUCUCUUCCACUCUUCUGGUGUGAAAUUCAAACGUUCAUUUUAGCAGCGACAAGUGCCUUCUCAAUGUGUUUUUAUUUAAGAGAUUUCCUGAUGGCUUUUACGAACGCGCUGUAAAUGAAUCCUCUAACUUAUAAUAAAAUAACAAUUCUAAAUGCA